AUGCGUGGUUUCAUGCCCGUUAUCUUCUUGGCUGAGUCGACGUACCUGCCUUCCUGCUUGGUUGCCGGGGAAUACUUUCGAGGCGGCUUGGCUAUUGUGGUCCAUGACUGGAUACACGAGUCUGUUGAUAGGUAUUUCUUGCCAGUUCGCUUUGAGGAAGCUGAUGCUAGGAAUAACGUGACUAGUACAGUAUGUGACCUGAUCUGUUUUCUAGGAGUACUCGUCAGGAUUGUGGUUGAAAUCAAGCUCGCUAAUGAGCGUAAGGAUGCCAGAUGUCUUGGGCUUCAAACUUUCACCUUGAACCGCGCCGUUUUCAAUAGUCUCCCACAAGUAUUUAUGCUAGAAGUCAAGAACACCUCCCAUACUGAACAUAUCUUGAACCGUGGUCUUCAUAGCCUCAUCCUACACAAAGCUGCGUACUCUGAGCUCUGGGUAAGAAUGGAAGUAUUGACGCCAAAUCCUCGCACCAUUCGGAAAGACCUAGGAAUAGCUCGGUCAUUUGGGUCCACACCAAUAUUCUCAGAAGUUGUUAUGGGCUAUUUGAGCUUGAGGGACCUCAGUAUGAGGCUCCGGCUUCCCAGCACGGAUAGCAUCUGGGACCAUCAUAGCAUCUUGGAUGAAGAAGGCCGGGGUGUUGUUUCUAACAUUGCCCUAGUUGCCCUCCUGAAUGUAGAACUUGAUGGUACAGCCACGGAUAUCUUGGGCCUUGUCUGCAGAUAUACGGAUUCCAAGGACUGGCGAGAAGUGCAGAAAGACUGGAGUCUCGCAGGUGAAAUUCCCAAAUGCACCAGGGGCUCGCGCAAGUGGCGAAUUCAGCACUCACUAAUGCCCUAUUUUGUCCUCACUCGCGACCUUCAAUCAAUCAUCCGCGUUCGUCUGCUCGACACCAAAACCGCUUGUUAUCCCUCAGCUCUUAUUCUGCACAUCUUUCGUAUCUCACGAGAGAUCUGUGACCUUCUUGGAUUGUUUCGAAGUCAAGGCACUCUUCGCUCUCACAAGUCUUUUGGUAAGAAUUUGCGAAGCGACUCGAUUUUCGCACAUGCAUUUCUCAAAUAUAAAGAGUUAGGGCAGCGAUUAGACAACUUUUGA